ACGUUCUGAUCCAAGUUCAAGCAGCAGCAGCAGCAGCAGCCUGGGCCCUUCACUAUGUAACUGCUGCUGCACGCAGAGCAGGAGGCGGGGGACCAGGAGCAGUAGUUACAGGAGGAGGCCAACAGCUCCGUGCAUUUGUGCAGAAAACACCUCCGUGUUUCCGGUGUGCGCCCCCUGAGCUGGAGCUGCCCUGGUGCAGCAGUCCGUCUGCGCAACCACCAUGAGAGUGAGAGAGAGAGAGAGAGAGAGAGCGAGAGGGGAGAGGGAGGCUGCGAGUGCACGAAGAUUCGAGGAAUCUGAGCUGCAGAGGAGAAGAGGAAGGAGAAGGAGCUGCUGUAGUUGCAGCUGAGGAGGAAGAGCCCGGAGGAGGAGGAGGAAAAUCUUUGUGCACCUCCUCCACCCACCACCACCUUCAGCAGCGCCACCAGAGCUGCAGCAGCUGCAGAGGGAAAUGUCUCAGCCACGGGGAGGUAAGAAGAAGCCGGUGCUGAAGAUUCCCAAGGAGGUGUUUGAGCAGCCUCCUCCUGCUGCAGCACCUCCCAGAGAUUUGGAUUCUAAAGCAUGCGUCACCAUCGGAGAGAAGAACUUUGAGGUGAAGGCCGAUGACUUGGAGCAGAUCUGUGAGCUGGGCCGAGGAGCCUACGGUGUGGUGGACAAGAUGAGGCACGUGCCCAGUAGUCUGAUCAUGGCGGUGAAGAGGAUCCGGGCCACGGUGAACUCCCAGGAGCAGAAGAGGCUUCUGAUGGACCUGGACAUCUCCAUGAGGACGGUGGACUGUUUCUACACCGUCACCUUCUACGGAGCUCUGUUCAGAGAGGGUGACGUCUGGAUCUGCAUGGAGCUGAUGGACACGUCUCUGGACAAGUUCUACAAACAGGUGAUUGAGAAGGGAAUGACCAUCCCUGAGGAGAUCCUGGGCAAAAUCACCGUCUGUGUUGUCAAAGCUCUGGAGCAUCUGCACAGUCACCUGCAGGUCAUCCACAGAGAUGUGAAACCUUCUAAUGUCCUCAUCAACACCCAGGGGCAAGUAAAGAUGUGUGACUUUGGCAUCAGUGGGUAUUUGGUCGACUCCGUGGCCAAAACCAUGGACGCUGGCUGUAAACCGUACAUGGCACCAGAGAGAAUCAACCCUGAGACCAACCAGAAAGGCUACAAUGUGAAGUCUGACAUCUGGAGUUUAGGAAUCACAAUGAUUGAGUUGGCCAUCCUCCGUUUUCCCUACGACUCCUGGGGAACACCGUUCCAGCAGCUGAAGCAGGUGGUGGAGGAACCUUCACCUCAGCCUGAUCAGUUCUCUGCAGAGUUCGUGGACUUCACCUCUCAGUGUUUGAAGAAAUUUUCCAAGGAGCGGCCGACGUACGCAGAGCUAAUGCAACACCCCUUCUUCACCUCCCAUGAGGCCAAAGAAACAGACGUGGCGAGUUUCGUCAAAGUCAUCCUGGGCGACUGAGGAAGAGGAGAAUCUGAGGUGGAGCGGAGGAGGAGGAGGAGGAGGAGGAGGAAGAGGAGCACCUGUUUGAUAAAGAGGAAACCUGUAGGCUCCGCCCACCUCACAGUCUCUCUGACUACUUCUUUCCCCAGGAAGAGGAGCUAAGUCACCUGUGAACUGGACAACAGGAAGUGAUGUCAGAUGUCAGUUCUGACUUUGCCUUUUCCUCGAACAUAUUUUUCUUUUUCCAGAGAACUCUAAGACGAGAGGUUCUCUGGAAAAAGAGGAACGUCGUGGCGUUCUGAUGUUCUCUCUCUAUGUAUAACCUUAAUGUCGUGUGUGCGUGGAUGAGUCGGUGACUGACUGCCUGAAUGGAACUGUCCUCUGUUGCCAAACUGCAUUGUGGGUCAGUGGUAGAAGUCCAUGUUCAAUUUCAUGUUCAAGUUCAAUGCAGAUGGUCCAAUCAAAUCCCUUUAAGUCAUUACCUGUUACCUGACCUGCUAAUGUUCACGGUCACCUUAACAACAACUUCAAACAAACCUUUAUCUGUCCACCUUUAUCUGUCACACUGCUGGUUAGUCCUCUUGCCUUACAACAAGAAGGUCACUGGUUCAAUCCCCUUCUGUGACCUGCUGGUUUUUCUGUUUGGAGUUCUCCUGUUCUCCCUGUGUGUGUGUGAGGUUCUCCAGGUUCUACCACAGUCCAAAAACAUGCAGGUUGGAGAUCAGGUUCAUGUUCACUCUGAACUGACCAGAGGUGUGAAUGUGAGUGUGAAUGCUCUGUGUACGUUAACUGUAGAAGAUGAGUGAAUGAGUCCGACAUGUCUGUUAACGUUGUUGGUACAAACAAGGACUAGGGUUGUGUCCAAACUGAGUGGAGCUCCAGACGUUCACCUGAUCUCCAGAAGAACGUCAUCAUCAGAACAUGGACUCAGAACCUCAGCUGUCCUGAGGAUUUCAACAGGUUAGAACCUGGAACUUUAAAGUAAGUUAACUUUAUUUAUCCUUCUAACACACACACACACACACACACACGUUGACAUCCUGCUCAGUGUGUGUGUGUGUGUGUGUGAGUGUGUUUCUGAGCCGACCUCAGUCCAGGUCUGUAACUGGAUUUAACAGAAAUAUGAAUUGAAUUAAUAUUAAUGUGACUGAUGUUUAAUUUACAUUGUUUUCACAUGUAUUUACUGCAGUUUCUCUAAUUUAUUCAAACUGCUGUCUGCCAGAAGGGGGCGUUGUCAGCGAUGUCACAUUGUUGUGUUUGUUGUGUUCUGUUUUUCUCCUGGUCUUUCUUUCGUGAAGAGCUUUAAACUGUAACUCUCAGACUUUCUGGUGCCUCUCAUCAAAGUUCACUUCCUGUCAUAGCGUUAGCAGAGUUUGACACUCGUUCUUAACAGAACGUUGUGUGUUCCAAUGAAGAACCUGUUUCACUGCUUCACCUUUAUUUUAGUUUUGGUUCCACAAGGAGGAAAAAAACAUUGUUUUCAUUUUUCAUUGGUGGGCUGGAGUGGGGGGGAUAAGAAAUUGAGCUGGCUAAAGUUAGCUUUGCAGCUAGGUUUGAUAACUUGCCCAUUUAGCCCAUGCAAAGCUAGCAGCAUGUUCUGUGAACUUAGCGUCCAAUUAGCUAGGUUUCUAAGCUUUUAGGCUAAUGUCCAAAAGAAAAAGAACUAAAUUAAAUGUAAACGGGAAAAACAUCAGUUAGCAUCGUUAGCAUCGUAGCUGUUAACCAAUUACAAAUAAUUAUUUUCCUGUUGUUGUGUCAAUGUGUGGUUAAUGCUAAUUUUUUUGUCCUUUGCCCUUUGUUCAAAACUUUAGCAAUAACAUUUAGCUACAGCCCAGCUAACACGGUCUAUUUGUUGAAGUGGAUGAAUCAGUACUUCAUCCUUCAUGACUUCCACCUUAUGGUAAAAAUAAAAAGUCACAUUUUUUCUUUAUUUUCCAUGUCAUUUGGAAUUUUGUUGUUGUUGCUAAAGAAUGUGACAAGUUUGGAACGGACGAGAAACGCAUGUGAUUUAUUUUAGUGUUGGUGGCGCAUGUGUUGUAGCUGAAGAUGCUAAAGUACAUGGGAGUGACUCGGUCUGUACUCUCCACUAGGUUUAGGGACUAAGGGUUAGAGUGGCUAAAGCUCCCAUCGCCCCCUACAGGAAGAGAAGUUCUCAGUUCAUUAAGUCAUCACUGAAUCCUGUGCUAUAAAAGACUGACGACUGUUGUUUCCAGCUCAAAUCAACACCUUUCUACAGACACUUCAUCUGACUGUGUGCAACUGUAAUGAUGGAAAUUCAAUAAAGGAAAAUUGCGUAUUUUUACAA